ACCUCACUCUCUUCUUUCAACCACCUGAUCUUCAUCGAUUUCAAGACAGCUAAGUGCUGCCUCACGCAAUCAAUGCCGCAGCGAUGGCGAACCGCCUUCGCCCCUCGUCCGCGUAAGCAAGCCACUGUGGCGGAGGCCGAUCACGAGCUCGACCGGUGAAAGCGGCACGUCGCAAAGGUACAGUAUCUUGAGCUUGACCACGUUGCUGCGGUGCAUUCUCUCCCAUCCUCUCCCGUCACUUCUGCUCAUCAUGAUUUCUUUGCAUUGUCCGUCAUCUCUCAUGGGCACGCCGUUGCCAGUACAGAGCUCGGCGAACACGUCCGAUUCUUGACCCUUGCCAGCAUCCUCGUGCAUAGCUAGCACGAACAGGCCCAGCGGAGCGGAGGAUAUGCUGGCAAAUAUCGCGAUAUGGCCCUCAUCCGCCUCCUGCAGCGCAAACCCAACGGCGAAAUCGGCGUCUGCGAGCCCGCCAGCUACAAUGCCCCCGCCUACGGAAUCCUCUCUCACACCUGGGGCACAGAAGAGAUCCUCUUCCGAGACCUGAAGCCCGGCGCGGACAUGAGCAGGACGAUGAGCAAAGCAGGCUGGCGAAAGAUCGAGUUCUGCGCCCAGCAGGCCGCAGCCGACGGCCUACAGUACUUCUGGAUCGACACGUGCUGUAUCGACAAGAAGAACGCGGUCGAGCUGAGCGCGGCGAUCAACUCGAUGUUUCGGUGGUACCAGAGUGCCGCGUGCUGCUACGUCUAUCUCUCCGACGUCUCGAUCAACGAAGGCGGAUGGCAAGAACAGUUCAGGAGGAGCCGCUGGUUCUCCCGCGGCUGGACGCUGCAGGAACUCCUCGCGCCGCGCACCGUCAAGUUCUUCUCGAGAGAAGGCCAGCUGCUGGGUGACAAGUGGUCAUUGGAAAGGGAGAUCCACGAGACCACCCAGAUCCCCGUGCAGGCAUUGCGAGGAUCGCGCCUUGCUGAGUUUGGGGUGAGUGAGCGGAUGGCGUGGGCUACGGGCCGUCAGACGACCAUCGAAGAAGACCAGGUGUAUUGCCUCCUGGGCAUCUUUGAGGUCUUUAUGCCUCCGAUAUAUGGAGAAGGAGACGCACAUGCAUUCUCCAGGCUGCGGGAGGAGAUAGAGAAGCGCCUGCAAAGGCAUGCGGUGGAAUCCUUGCGUGGGCUGCCAGGUUCGUUCAGUUUCCGCGGCCUCUCUCUACCAGAGUGCAUGUAUUGACGAGCUACAGUUCCCUCGUCUUCGACCGCUCUCAAUGCAAGGACUUUAAGCUCAAGGAAUCCAAGACUGGAAGCCUGCGAAGACGAAGAGGAGCAAAGAAGGAGAGAUGUCGCAGUAGAACCUCAUUUCCACACGUCGGGAUCCUGUGACCGCACACCAACUUCCUCUUACGAUACUCGAGCGCUGCAGGCAGCCGGGAUACCGAAUAUGCCUCCGCCUACAUCAAUUAGAGCGCUAGAGCUCAAGAGUUUAGAUAGAUCGUUUGACCUGUGGU